AUGAUCAUUGACAGAAGCUUCACAGACCUGACAGCUAAUACUAGUGCUAGCUACAAUGAUGAUGAAGAGAGCAGCACCAGCACCAGCAGCGGAGAAAAGAAGGAACCGCAAAUAAAAACGCUUCGAAAUGUCAUGAGUAAAACAGCAUCAAUGAAGUUCUCCGCAAUCGAGGAGGAGAUUGAUGGACCACUUAGGUGUCCCAUGCGCCAAUUGAGUCACAAUUUUCUGAGCGGCUUGCUCGAAAGCUCCGACAGUGACAUAUCUGUGUCUCUAAGAUUUGUCAUGGCAGAACAAGAAGACCACCAACCUCUUCAUAUUCCAAUGCGCCAACUCAGCAAAAGCACCAGCAGAAGGUUGCUGGAACUGAGUAUGGGCAGCGAUUUGUCAGCCUCCACAAAACUUUUAAGGUCAGAAUCCGAUCGAUCACUUUGGUGUCAACACCACCUUUAUCAGAGUCAAUCUUCGUCGUUUCGAACGAGGGAAUAG